GCAGUUAACUACUCAGUUUGCUAUUCAUUUCGUGCCUACGAAAUCCAAUUAAUUUUUCACAAUUCUGUUGCGCCUUUCACCCCCCAAAUUUUUCCCUUGCACCAUCCUUUCCUCAAUAAUACCAAAUUGGCCAUGGCUACUCAGCUGAAAUCCGACGCCCUGAUGGAGCAGAUGAAGCUCCACAUGUCCACUGAUGCCGGAAAACAGCUCACGAAAAAAAUCGGCCUCGUUUACCAGAGCAACAUUGCUCCCAAGAAAAUUGGGUUCAAUGAGAAGUCUUUCGUGGUGGAUUUGAAGAAAGGAGAGGUUAAAGAAGAUUCUUGCGAUGAAGAUAAGGGGCAGUAUCAGUGCAGCGCAGAAAUUUACCCCCGACAUUUUCCCCAAGCCAUCAAAGAUGUGAGCAGUUACGGCAUCCCUGUACUACAAUGUCACCAACAUCAUUCGAAUCAUUGUGUCGUAUCUGAAAGCUCGACUAUAGGUAUCUCGGAGAUCAAACAUAUGUUUACACAUGCAAUUAUCUAUUUGUCUCAGCUCAUUUUCUUUACCUCUCUGUUUUCUUCGACUACGUUGUGGUUUAUACGAUUUGAUCUGUACUUCCCUAAAUCUUAGAAAGUGUGGUAAGGAUACAAGAACCUUAAUCAAAGCAUGGCCGUUUAGCAUUACUGAUGAAUGAAACUUCACUUUGCCAUCU